UGAGAGAAUCUGUUUAGGGAAGCCUUACUAUCAAGGAAAAACUUAGAAAGGCCUUCAAAAAUGCGUCUCAUAAACAAAGACCUCCGGCUCCAAGACGUAACCCUGAUGUACCUCACCGUUUUAGCCACUGUGGUGGUGCUUUUAGUGGCAUCCUACCAGGCUCCUGCGGGCCAAUCCAGACCCACCCUGGCCUAUCAUAUCCCGCUGGAUCCGUCAGGACAGCUGGAACUGUCCUGGAACAUCAGUUAUCCCAAGCAGGAGGUUUUGCUCGAGGUCAAAGUCAAAGAGCUCCAUCAUGGCAUUAUUCUGGGCAUGUCUGAUCGUGGAGAGCCUACGAAUGCUGAUUUGGUGAUUCUGUGGGAUGACGGUCACAAAUCCUAUUUUGGGGAUGCGUGGAGUGACAGUGAAGGCAGAGUGACACUGGACACUCAACAGGACUAUCAGCUGCUGGAAACCCAUCAGUCCACUGAAGGCUUCUUUCUGCUCUUCAAAAGAUCAUUCAGCACCUGUGACCCACACGACUACAUCAUAGAGGAAGGCACUGUCCACAUAAUCUACACCAUGCUGGAGCAUCCCAUCCUAUCGUUGCAUGAGCUCAAUAUAUCCCGUCUCCAGCCUGGCGUCCAGCGAGUCCUGCUCCUGCGUCCAGACACCCCGUCCCCCCAUCUCCCGAAAGAUGUACGCACCCUGGAGGUCCUGGCCCCUGAUGUCAUCAUCCCCACACAAGAGACUACUUACUGGUGCCAUAUCUAUCAGCUCCCGCCAAAUCUGCCCAAGAACCACAUUGUCAUGUAUGAGUCAGUGAUCACUCCAGGUAAUGAAGCCAUUGUUCAUCACAUUGAAGUGUUCGAAUGCUCCCCUCAGAUGGACAUCGUACCACAGUACAGCGGCUCCUGUGAUUCAAAGAUGAAGCCGCGCAAUCUUAAUUAUUGCAGACAUGUUCUGGCUGCCUGGGCCAUGGGAGCAGAGCCAUUCUACUAUCCUGCUGACGCUGGUUUGCCUAUGGGAGGAGAAGGAUCUUCUAGGUUUCUUCGUCUUGAAGUUCAUUACCACAACCCUCUCCUUUUAUCAGGGCGGAGGGACUCCUCGGGCAUUCGUUUAUGGUACAGUCCAUCUCUGCGGAGGUUUGACGCAGGCAUCAUGGAGCUUGGGCUGGUCUACACUCCUGUGAUGGCCAUUCCCCCCCGCCAGCGCUCUUUCCAGCUCACUGGAUACUGCACCGCCAAAUGCACACAGACGGCUCUUCCAGUAGGGGGCAUACACAUCUUUGCCUCCCAGCUGCACACUCAUCUGGCCGGUCUUGGGGUCAGGACUGUCUUGGUGCGAGGAGGUCAAGAGGUGGAGGUGGUGCAGGAGGACAAACAUUUCAGCACACAUUACCAGAUCAUCCGUGUUUUACAGAAGAUGGUGACUGUUCUGCCAGGCGAUGCUCUGCUCACGACGUGCAGAUUCAACACCGAGGACAGAAGCAAAGUUACUGUGGGUGGUUUUGGAAUUAUGGAGGAGAUGUGCGUCAAUUACGUCCAUUAUUACCCCCGAACGCAACUUGAGCUGUGCAAAAGCCACGUGGACACAGAUUACCUGCAGAAAUACUUCAGCCUCAUCAACAGGUUUCAGGGCCGCGAGAGCUGCAGUUGUCCUCAGACCUCUGUGGAAGAACAGUUCUCCUCAGUGUCCUGGGACAGUUUCAGUGGAGAGGUGCUGAACUCGCUCUACGUCACAGCACCAUUUUCAAUGCACUGCAACCAGUCCACAGCGCAGCUCUUUCCUGGUGACUGGGAGAAGCAGGAGAUCCCGGUGGUGACAGCGCAGCUUCAGAGAGCCCCAUACCCAUGUGAAAUAAACAGGAGAGUGGCUUCUAAUAAUGACAGCCCUACAGAGGUGCGAGCGGACAGCAGCGGCUGAUCUGCACCUUUACCAUCUGAAGCUCGAUAACAGAUCCACACAGCGGCC